UUUUUCUGUAUUGAGUCUUUCUUACGGGCCCAAGAAAGUGAAGUUUGUCUCUCUGUAUUUCCCUAAGCCUAGUAAAGAUGCCACGAAAUUGUUUUUUCUGUUCAAAAAAUAUUACAUCCAAUAAUUUGUUUUUACCAUGCUCAAAGUGCAAUAGGCCUUUUCACGCCGAAUGCGUAAAUUCAAAAGGAUCAGACAUCGAAUACUUAAAAAACAGAAACGAAAAAUGGAACUGCCAUGUCUGUGUAUCAACCGAGCGUUCUCUUCGCAGUAACUCGUGCAGUAGUCGCACACAACCCUCUGUUGCCUCUCCACCAUCUCCGCCUACGAAUGUUGAAUGCGAUAAUGCAACCAUCAUGCAGCAGUUAGCUUUGGUUAUGAAUCAACUGCAUAAAUUAAAUAAUGCCAUGACUCGUAUGGAAAAAAGGCAUGAUGAUGUACUUAGCCAGCUCGCAAUUUGUAACUCCAAAAUAGAUGAACAUUCCAGUAUACUGGCUGAACACGGCACUCACAUUCAGUCUUGCCAGAGAGAGGUGUCAGAUCUCCAGGGUACUUAUACAGAACUCUCUGCUGAGUUGUCUCGUGUCUCUAAUUCCUUGGAAGCGUUGAAGACAGAGCCCAAAACUUCCAAUAAUGAUAUCGUUUCUGCUGCUCACGUACAAGAAAUUGUACAACGUGUCAAGAGAUCUCACAACCUAAUCAUACAAAAUCUGCCGGAAUUUGACACUGAAUCCCUUGAGAAAUCAAAGGUAAACGAUUUGGUUGAGAAUAUCAGUGAGACUUCGAGUAGAUUCAUCGUGAGAAGUGAACGUUUGCCUUCUUCUGUGAAAUCCCGUCCUCGUCUACUGAAGGUAACCUUUAGUGAUCCGGAGGUAGUGUCCAAUAUUUUACGGAACAAAGCAGUUCUCAAGAGUAGAGAGGAGUAUAAUAGGAUAAUAAUCAGAGAUGAUAAAACUAAAGGCCAGAUUGAUGAGUUGAGGACUUUAAGGGAGGAACUUGCGGGACGACAGGCUUCAGGGAAAACAGGGCUGACCAUUAAGUACGUGAAGGGAGUACCGCGAAUUAUCAACUCUCCUACUGUUCCCCAACAUGAGAAUCUUAAAAAAAACUAACAAUAGAGUUGGCGCAGUGGCCAAUAAUGUACACAAACAUCCAAUCACUCCCUUCCAAGUUCAAUGAAUUUCUCGCCUUUGUACAGUUGCACAGACCCUACAUAAUGUUCAUCACAGAGUCUUGGCUUCACCCUGCACUCAGAGAUGGUUUGUACCACAUCGACUCAUACACAUUAUAUCGUGGCGAUAGUGAGCGGACGAUUGGACAUGGGGGAGUA